UCAAAUCAAACCAACCCUUAUCACCCCAAAAUCUCAGUAAUCCAUUGGAAAAAUUGGAGCAGGAAAAAUGAAUUGAUUAUUAAAUAAAACAAAAGAAAAUCAGAUAAAAUCAAGUUAAUACGACGGCGGUUUCAUUGUUUUCUUCGCCGGGAAACUUCCGAAGCCGAGGAAGGAAACAAGGAAACGCUCGCCAUAAAAGGCCGCCGCUUUCCUUUUCCUUUUCCGCUUCCAUUCGCCGGAGACGGAGAAGAAGCUUCUUCUAUGCUCGGCGGCGGGAACCGGCGGCGACAUGAAGCGCGCGUCCUCGCUCCGCCGCCUGCUGGCCGCGCUCCGGCCGCCGCCCGUGCAGACCGGCUUCCCCACCUCCCUCGCCGACCUCGUCGUCCAGAACCAUGGCCGCCUCAGGAGCCGCAAGCAACAGCGGCCCCUGGUCCCGGCCCCUUCUUCUCCGGCUCCGGGCGCCGUCGCCGCUGAGCGUCCACCUUCGCCGCCGCCGCCGUCCCGGCCUCUCUCGUCGCCGCGGCCCAGAGGCGCCCCCCGCCCGGAGCUGCUCGUGGGCGGGGCCGUGGCGGUGGCGCUCCUCGCCGUGUGGAGCGAGGCGCUCGUCGCGGCGUUCACCGUCGCCGCGCUCUCGCUGCUCUGGAUUGAGUCCUCCGCCGCCGCCGCCUCCCGCCGCCAGCGCCGCCCGGCGGAGGAUUCGAGCCACGUGUCACCGAUUCGGGAGGUGGAAGACGAAGCGGCGUGGUCUAGCAGCUUCUCGGACUCCGACAGGGGAACCGCCGAGAGGCCCGAGCUGGUCGAACAAGUUCCGCCGGAGGUCAGGAAGAAGAAGAAGAAGAAGAGGUCGCUGAGGAAGCUGCUCUCGAACAAGUUCCACGGCGUGAAGAAGAAGCCCGAAGCGAAGGAGGAAGAGGACUUCUUGUCGGUCUCCUGCGCCAGCGACGCUUUAGCCCCUACCGCCGAGCAGACGCCGCCAGAAUCAACCAGAGGAUCCUCGCCGCCGCCGGAAUCAUCGGAGGUGGUCGUGGUGGAUGGGCGAGGGGGGGAAUUGAAAUUGAGACUCCCUCUGGCGGCGUUCAUCCCGGUGAUCCUGGCGGGGCUAGUCCUGGUCGGCGGGAAGCUCCCGGCGACGGCGCUGGCCGUGCUCUGCGCGGCCUUCUUCUCCGGCGCCGUCGACAGAUCCAAGGUACUACAUGUAGCCCGUGAGGGGAGCCUGGAUGAUCCCCUCGAAACCGAGGGAGAGCUCACAAGGAUCGAUUGAGCUCGUUGGUCUGUUGGUUGGUUAAUUAGUUCGUGGUCGUCCGUUGUAAAAAUUCAGAGACGUACUUACUGGGGAGAGAAAUGAGACCUCCAUAAAUUGUUCUUACUGAUCGAAAGAAUCCUCCUUUUCAGAUCCCGAUUCUUCGUUUGCCUGAAUGUUGUUGUGGCUCAUUUCUGAAUUGGAUUUUGCUGCUGUCGUUUCUGAA